AUGUACAUUGAGAUAGUGACCGAUGAGAUGCACCUGGCACUUGGAAACCAGAGCAACCAAUCCAUUGCUUAUGAAUUUGUCUUUUGGGCAUUCUCCACCAUUCCUGAGAUCCAACAUCUCCUCUUCACGUUGUUUCUUCUGCUCUAUCUCGUAAUCCUCUUUGGCAGUGUCUCCAUCAUUUUGGUUGCCUGCAAUGACCAUUCCCUUUGCACCCCCAUGUAUUUCUUCCUGGGCAACCUCUUUUUUCUGGAGAUCUGUUACACCACUGUGGCAGUGCCUCAAAUGCUGUCCAGUGUUCUAGAUGCCCACAAACAAAUCCCAUUUGCAAACUGCGGCAUACAAAUAUUCUUCUUUGUGGCACUAGGGAGCACAGACUGUUUCCUGUUGGCCAUCAUAGCAUAUGACUGUUACGUAGCCAUUUGCCACCCACUUCGCUACAGCCUCAUCAUGACCUGGCAAGUAUGCACAUGGCUGGUUGUUGGUGCACUAAUCCUUGCCCUUGCGCUGUCACUGGAGCUGACAGUUCUGAUCUUCACUUUGCCUUUCUGGUCCCCGGCCUCUGGGCAACAGCAAGCCUUCUCCACCUGCUCCUCCCACUUGAUGUUGGUAAUCCUACAGUAUGGCUGCUUCAGCCUUGUCUACCUGCGUCCCAAGUCAAAUUUUUCAGAGGAUGAGGACCGGCAACUUACUCUUAUAUACACUUUUGUCACUCUGCUGCUCAAACCCCUCAUCUACAGCCUGAGGAACAAGGAUGUCAAAGCAGGCUGUAAAGAAGGCUGUGGGGAGGGCUGCUGA